AUUGAUCAGAGUAAAAGAAAAAUGAUGACGAAGUCUCAUACCAGAUCCUCUUAUCCUAAGCUGGGUUCUCUAAAUGAGUGGCAACUGGAAACGCAGUAUUUUCGCAGAAUCAUACUUGAGAACUGUCCAAAGAUUAAUAUCACACAACAAUGAAAAUAGUUUUUGUGGCUAAUGGCACUUAAUAUUAUUGUUACCUCAACGUAAUACUGCUUUACUUACUGUGUAAUGCGGAAUAACAUAAACAAGACGACACGAUGUCAAAGCUAAGACCUAGAUAAUAUUUUUGUUUUAAAAAGGAAAAUAACGAUGAUAUGUAAAAGAAAGGUAGACAUCUUAGAUCUCAUCGAUCCCUAAUGCCAUAAUGCCACUUUUCCUUCAGAUUUUAGGUUUAUUUCGUAUUGCCGUUCUGUUAUUAGUAUUGCAUUGAUAGUUCAAAGAGAAAUUUUAUAUACGUCUAGAGGUUAAGGAAGAUCCAAAGCAAUGUUUUAACUCAAAAGUGCCCUCAACUUGAUGGAAAUUUAAAAUGUUUCCUUGGCAAGAUACAAAAGUUAAUAAUAAAACACGAAAGAGAAUGAAUGGCUAAGGAUGUAAAAAUUGAUUACCGUACCAUCAUUAAAAAUUCCGAUUUGCAAAAAUUUGAAAGUGAUAUUGCUUCCUCAAGAUUAAUAUCAGCUGCAAUGAAAAAUAAGCACGACAUUAAUCAUUUUUCAUACAGAGUACCAAGCUGCUCAUUCGAAAUCACAACGAUGAAUCACUCUCUGGGGAAUACCAGCUACUUUUUGGCUUCUGGCAUUUCAGUAGAAAACUGUUCACUUCCUCUGUCUCAUGGAUUAGCCCUUAUCUCAAUAAACACUAUCGUGAGUAUAGCGGGAACGCUUGGGAAUCUACUGGUUUGUUUAGCGGUUGCCAAAGUUCCUCGCCUUCGCAGACCUGCAAACUUCCUUCUAUUCAGCUUGGCCCUAGCUGAUUUACUUGUGACUAUGGUGUGCGUACCGUUAUUUCUGGUAAUCCUCACCAGAAGAGCUUUUUUUAAUGACUGUGCAAAGGACUUGGAACGCCCAUACGUGAUCUUAUCCAUGCUUUCGUGCUCUGCUUCAGUAGAACAUAUUGCGGCUAUCAGUGUUGAUCGUGUUAUCGCUAUUUUGUACCCUCUGCACUACAAAGGUAUCAUGGAGAAUCGUGGUUGGAAGGCGAUGCUUCUAAAGUCUUGGAUAUCACCGAUUGUGGUUCCCGUUUUGAACCCCAUUAUUCCGAAGAGAUUUCCCAAACGUUUCGUUGCAUUCGGAAUUUUCAGCCUCAGCUACAUGGCUGUGUUUGUGUCGUACUCUCUGAUAGUAAUAUCGCUGGUCAAACAUCGGAAAAAACAAAUACAGAUCAGAGCUUAUCCUUCCAAUGAUGCUGGCAACUUCCAGAAUUUCCGCGUCGAGAUUCGCAUUGCUUUUACACUGGCGAUUGUGAUCGUUGUUUUCACUGCUUGUUGGGUUCCACUUUUUGCCACGUUUUUUGCAGCUGGGAAGCUACUGGUGAAUAAUCGCGGUAUGGCUUUUAUAUGGAUCAGGACCUUGGCUCUUUCAAACUCCGCAAUGAAUUUCGUGAUUUAUGGCUCUCGAAUGCGGAACUUUCGAGAGGCGUUCACCGAAAUUUUGCGGAAGAUUCUUAGCUGUUGUGAAUGUUCACGAACCAAUGUUCCCGAUGUCAGGUUACAAACAUUACGAUCUUAAAAUCAUUUAAAUGAAAAAAAUAUGAAGAUAAGUUAAGAACUAAAAAAACACAGUGGUAAUCUGUGCGCGUUCAUUUAAUUAACAGUCGAGUCCUCUUUCGCCAAGAGUGUAAUUAAAAUCCGAGUUCUAACA